CGCGACGUCGCGGGAGCGCGCGUGGCCGCUCGCUGAGCCCCAGAAUGCACUGCGGGCACGAGAGCGCGCGCUGCCCAGCGACCGCGGGAAAAUUCCAAAAAACUCCAAGCAAAAAGCCAAUACGAGGUAAAGCCAAAUUUUCAAACCACAGAUCCCGGGUGGUGGCUUCCUUUCCGCCACUGCCUAAACUGCUGAAGCAGCUCCGGCGAGGACCACCCGGUAGCAAUAAAUUACCUGUGGAACCAAAAGGAGAAAGAGGCAAAAAUAACUUGGAGCCAAGUCACCAGUCACAAAGGCAAAAAGAAGCUUCCUAAUAUUUUGAUAACUAAUGUGUUCCUCUGCUCACUUUCUAACUGGUCUAACCAAAACCCAACAGUCUUACUGUCAGAUUUAAUGUAUGCCCGCUAUUUCCUUCAGUGCUGCAUAGGCUUCUGUGAAGGGGAUGUCACCUUUUCCCUUUUUCCAAGAUGGCUCAAGAUUCAGUAGAUCUUUCUUGUGAUUAUCAGUUCUGGAUGCAGAAGCUUUCUGUAUGGGAUCAGGCUUCUACUUUGGAAACUCAGCAAGACACCUGUCUUCACCUGGCUCAGUUCCAGGAGUUCCUGAGGAAGAUGUAUGAAGCCUUGAAAGAGAUGGAUUCUAAUACAGUUAUUGAAAGAUUCCCCACAAUUGGUCAACUAUUGGCAAAAGCUUGUUGGAAUCCUUUUAUUUUAGCAUAUGAUGAAAGCCAAAAAAUUCUAAUAUGGUGCUUAUGUUGUCUGAUUAACAAAGAACCACAGAAUUCUGGACAAUCAAAACUUAACUACUGGAUACAGGGUUUAUUAUCUCAUAUACUUUCAGCACUCAGAUUUGAUAAAGAAGUUGCUCUUUUCACUCAAGGUCUUGGAUAUGCACCUAUAGAUUACUAUCCUGGUUUGCUUAAAAAUAUGGUUUUAUCAUUAGCAUCUGAACUCAGAGAGAAUCAUCUUAAUGGAUUUAACACUCAAAGGCGAAUGGCUCCCGAACGAGUGGCAUCCCUGUCACGAGUUUGUGUCCCACUUAUUACCCUGCCAGAUGUCGACCCCCUGGUGGAGGCUUUGCUCAUCUGUCAUGGACAUGAACCUCAGGAAAUCCUCCAGCAAGAGUUCUUUGAGGCUGUAAACGAGGCCAUUUUGCUGAAGAAGAUUUCUCUCCCCGUGUCAGCUGUAGUCUGCCUCUGGCUUCGGCACCUUCCCAGCCUUGAAAAAACAAUGCUGCAUCUUUUUGAAAAGCUAAUCUCCAGUGAGAGAAAUUGUCUGAGAAGGAUCGAAUGUUUUAUAAAAGAUUCAUUGCUGUCUCAAGCAGCCUGCCACCCUGCCAUAUUCCGGGUUGUUGAUGAGAUAUUCAGGUGUGCACUCCUGGAAACCGAUGGGGCCCCAGAAGUCAUAGCCACUAUUCAAGUGUUUACACAGUGCUUUGUAGAAGCUCUGGAGAAAGAAAACAAGCAGCUGCAGUUUACACUCAAGACCUACUUUCCGUACACUUCUCCAUCUCUUGCCACGGUGCUGCUACAAGACCCUCAAGGUAUCCCUCAGGGACAGUGGCUCCAGACAUUGAAGCACAUUUCUGAACUGCUCAGAAAAGCGGUUGAAGAUCAGACUCACGGGUCCUGCAGAGGUCCCUUUGAGAGCUGGUUCUUGUUCAUUCACUUUGGAGGAUGGGCUGAGAUGGCAGCCGAGCAGUUACUGAUGUCAGCAGCUGAACCCCCCACGGCCGUGCUGUGGCUCUUGGCCUUCUACUACGGCCCUUGUGAUGGGAGGCAGCAGAGAACACAGACCAUGGUCCAGGUAAAGGCUGUGCUGGGCCACCUCCGGGCGAUGUGCAGAAGCACCACCCUCUCUGCCAAGGACCUCCAGACGGCAGCGGGACAGGGCACAGACACAGACCCCAGAGCUCCUGCACAACAGCUGAUCAGGCACCUUCUCCUCAACUUCCUGCUCUGGGCUCCUAGAGGCCACAUGAUUGCCCGGGAUGCCAUCACUCUGCCAACAGAAAUUAACAACAGAUCAUGUAAAGACGAGCAGCCCUACAAAACCUCCCCAACAGAGAGAACAAGUGACCAGCUCAAAGAAGCCCGCUCACCAUCACAUGCCAGAGGAAGCUGCUAGAAGAAACUGUGCAUCCAGCUGUGGAGAACCCAAACUACUCCUUGGAUGCCUCCAUCUCUCAUCUCUCUUCCAACUCACAGCCACCUAAAUGUGCCAUUUGCCAGGUCCACACACAAACAGAGGUAUCUUCUGCUGUAAGCUUUGUGAAGAUGGGUGCCAGUUUCCUGAGGCGGAAAGGCCAGGCGAGCUGGUGUGGCCUGGCAGGAUGGCCCACAUAUGGAUGGGAGGGACAGCUGGGGAUAGGGACCUGCUGCUCUGCCACUGCUCUGGGACUCAGGGAAAGAGCCUCACUUUCUUAACUGCACAAGAGAAACCUUACUUAUACCAGUUUGUAGGGAUCCUGUAGUGAGAUGGGCCUGCUUCUGUGUUCUUUAAGUGUUCUAUCAAACAGUGCUUCUCUAAUCUCACCACACCUCACUUUCGGCAAUGACUACUGUCAUUCUAAAACUUGGAGGACAUUAUAUAAUUUAGAUUUGAGAAUGGAGGGUUUCGCCUCUCCUUUUCUGUCUGUGCUUUCCUUCAUCUUAUUUACACACACAAACAACAAAGCAUAAACGGGUUUAUUUCCCAGUAGAACAAGGCCCUCGGGGGGUACAGGAGGCAGCAGCAGGCCAUAGCUGGUGCAGGUCCAGGAGAUGGCGGGUGAAAGAGGCUCUUUCACUGCAAAUCUGAAGUCAGUAUUUCCACUUUUCUUACAGUUAGAAAUAGUUUAUUGUCAAGAUUAGUAAGAGACCCAGGCUUCUGACCCCUGGAGGCUAUCAUGGCAUCCAGGAAGGACAAACGAAGCCUAAUCUCCCACCCCCACUCCCUUUCCCACCCCACGAAGAGAAGAUAAAAACAAGUCUUUUCAUUAUAAAGAGCUAAGUGUAUGUCAAUAUUUCAGCGACAGGAUGCUGAGAAGACAACACAGAAAUGCUGUGGGAGGCCAGAUAGUUCCUGCGCGCUACAGUCUUCACUUCUCUUCUUUCCUUUGAGAAACAAAAAAAAAUCCUUAUUUUUAUCCCCCAAACUCAAGGACCCACACACAAUUCACACAGCAUUCAUCACCAUAGGAGUUGGGAUGGCUUCAGUCUCACUGAAACCCAGCAGCAUUUCUGAGGGACCCCUGACAGAAUAUCCAUCUCCAGACCACCAAGGGGCUUCAUGGUCAUGAAAGAUGCUCCGCCCUCCUCCAUCAAGUUCCUCUGCAACUGAUAAGGCAUGAAAGCCCUAUGGGCCAGGGAGCUGGGGCCACAAAGAGAGAGAGGUUCCACAGCAUGUCCAGUCUAGAGGUCUACUCUUAUUUCUUCAUUAACAAGAGUGGACGAUGUGUCUUUUUGUAACUUAGUCAGAAUAAAAUUAAACAACAGGGACACCACAUGCCCCGAGACAGUGCCUGGCACCAGCGGGCACUCCUCACCAUCUCUUCUGGUCCCAAGCCUCCCCACAGCACCUGGUGGGGAGACCAGCCUCCCUGUGGAGUUGUCCUCUCUGCACAGUUAGGUAGGAGUUUGCUUUUCAGAGGUGAAAGCCACACUCCCUGGCUGUCUCUCUGUUCCUGCCCUGCUUGGGAGCCAGGGGAGUGCUAGAGGCUGGCCCAGGCUCCCCCAGAGCCACAGCCCUGUGCUGUCCCGCGCCUAGGAAAGGAGAUGUCGUCCCCAGAGCCACAGCCCUGUGCCGUCCCACACCUGGGAAAGGAGAUGUCGUCAGGCCCUUCCUAUUCCCCUUGGCUGGAGGCACACAUAACCCAGGCUCCUGGGGAGAGCCAGCUGUGGCUGCUUGCCAGAAAGGACAUGAGGGGCUGUCCAAAGGGGAGCAGCUGUGACACUCAGAGGGACUUACUAAGAGACAGUGUCCCCUUCCCCUCUCCUCCCCAUGCCUGGAAGAACGCAGAAGAACCAGAUGAGAUCCUCCCCAGCCACAGGCUACCCCCACAAGCCUACACCUGGGCAGGAGAUCAGAAGUUUAAACCUGAAAUUAUGAUAAGGGCUUAGCUCCCUGGGAAACUGGACAAAGCCCAGCUGGGAAUAGGGAUGGGAGAAAAAUGUAACUAUUUCAUUUUAGACCCAAACAAAUGGAGACUAAUCAGCAAACGAAUCACACCCAAAAGAAGUCCAUUUUUUCUUAGCUUUUUAGAAUUGUUUCUAGAUUAAUAUACAAAAUACUGUAAGGCCUUCCUCUCAUCCCUCUGCCCACUGUGCCAGUGUGUUUCACGCACACACAAUGUAUUUUUCCUUUUCUUCCUAACAAAAAUGACUUCAUGGAUGGCAUUAAUCUGUACCCCAAUAAAAAUAUGUAUUUACUUAAUACAAUUACAUAGAUAUUUAAUAGAGUAUCUUGACUCAUGAUUCCCAUUAGUGCAGAAAGAGAUUUCUCCCUACGGCUUCUCAGUUCUCUUCAUUUAUGUUUAAUGUUUCAUGGCUACAUAUGCCGAAAGUAAUCAAAUGGUACACUUUGAAUAGCCACAUUUUAUUGUAUUCAAGUUUCAAUAAGUUGAAAAUUUAAUCAUCUUUAAAACUAUGAUUAAAAUUCAUCAGGUCACCCCAAAUGCAUGCCAGGAAUCACCUGAGAGCCUAGAGUCAGCACCUAUUUCAGACCUAAACAGACCCAGACCCCAGACCCUGAUCGAAGGGGCAAGGAAGAAAAACGAUCAAGUAGGUGUGGGGGGGAAGGAGAGUGGGUAAGUAGAGAAAGAACAAGACAGCAGAAGGGAAACAGGGACAGGACACUGAGAAGUGAGACCAGAGCUGUCCAUGGCAGUGAGCACAGGGUCCUGGACACCUGAAGCAUCUGCACCUCUACCCUGGUGCCAGCCGCCUCAUGCCAGCCUCUCAAGCACUUGACGCCUUCCCUACCAAGGAGGUGCUCAUCUCUUCCCUCUGAAACUGCUGGUGCUGACUCUGGGUGACAGACAAGCAAGUGGCCUUGGAGGGAAGAGCAGACACAGCCCAGGCCAGGCUGGCCUCCUGACCUGCCGGAAGCAGGCGAGAGCUCCCACAUGGAAUAAACUGGCACAGCUCUCAUAAGAAGAAAAGGCAUCUGGGUCUCUGGAUCCUUUCUAUGUCAUCACAGUGAAACUGACCCUUGCACAAUACACAGGUGUGUACCCUAGAAUACUUUGGUCCAAUAAAAAUUACCUUGAAAA